GCGAAAAUAGGGGGUGGUGCUGAACGAACAGCUCCGAGAAAACGCGCGCUUCGGCAAUAAAGUCACCAUCGGAUCUGGCCGUCCACCGGUGCACCCCCGGUCCUCUCUGACCAGACCAAGCGGAGCCAUGAACCAGCCCAGCUCGCCGUCCUCAAGAUCCACCGUCAAACUUUUGGAGCCCACCUACUCACCCUGACCAUGAAGAGGCAAAACGUGAGGACCCUCGCGCUGAUCAUUUGCACGUUUACCUACCUGCUGGUCGGAGCGGCUGUUUUCGAUGCCUUGGAGUCUAAAAAGGAGACUACCCAGAAGAGAAAGCUGGACGCGAGGAAACGGGAGCUGAUGGAGAAAUACAACUUGUCCAAAGUCAACUUCGAUGAGCUGGAAGGGGUGGUAUUGCAGCUGAAGCCGCACAAGGCAGGAGUCCAGUGGAAAUUCGCAGGUUCUUUUUACUUCGCCAUAACUGUGAUCACGACCAUAGGAUACGGUCAUGCUGCUCCCAGCACGGAUGGCGGCAAGGUGUUCUGCAUGUUCUACGCACUGCUGGGAAUUCCGCUGACCCUGGUCAUGUUCCAGAGUCUGGGCGAGCGCAUCAACACGCUGGUCCGCUACCUGCUGCACCGCCUCAAGAAGUGCCUGGGCCUGCGCCGGACCGAGGUCAGCAUGGCCAACAUGGUGUUCAUCGGCUUCGUCUCGUGCAUGAGCACGCUGUGCGUGGGCGCGGCGGCCUUCUCGCGCUACGAGGACUGGAGCUUCUUCCACGCCUACUACUACUGCUUCAUCACGCUGACCACCAUCGGCUUCGGCGACUACGUGGCGCUGCAGAAGGACCACGCCCUGCAGACCAACCCCAAGUACGUGGCGUUCAGCUUCAUCUACAUCCUGACCGGCCUGACGGUCAUCGGGGCGUUCCUCAACCUGGUGGUGCUCCGCUUCAUGACCAUGAACGCCGAGGACGAGCGGCGGGACGCCGAGCAGCGGGCGCUGCUGUCCAGGGCCGGCGGCGGCGCUGGCGGGAUGGGCAGCGGAGGCGGCGCCGUCGGAGGCGGAGGAGGGAGGUACCACUUCGCCCCGGAUCCGCCCUCGUACUCAUCGGCCGCCUCCGAGCUGGGGGCGGCCUGCUCCGGACGUGACGGAGGAGGCUCGGGCAGCGGGGGUGGAGGAGGAGGAGGGGGUGGUGGCGGGGGAGGGGGUGGCGCCAGUCGCGGUCUGCGGAACGUCUACGCCGAGGUGCUGCACUUCCAGUCCAUGUGCUCGUGCCUGUGGUACAAGAGCCGCGAGAAGCUACAGUACUCCAUCCCCAUGAUCAUCCCGCGUGACCUCUCCACCUCCGACACCUACAUGGAGCAGGGCGAGGCCUUCUCCAGCAGCCCGCUGCCGCUCCACCCCAACGGCUGCGCCUGCGGCGGCCUGCAGAGGCCCUCGGCCAUCAGCUCUGUUUCCACCGGCCUGCACACCCUGGUGCCCUCCUACCGCGGACCUUCCAAACGACGCUGCUCCAUCUAGGUCAAAUUGCGUCAUUGCAUCGGCCUUCGGCGGAGGCCUUGUUUGCCCGGAUGUAGAGUCUAGAGGAAGCUAGAGGGGCUUUGUUUUAUUUUCCUUUUCCAGAGUAUUUCUACAGAUAAACUUCCUGAACGGAAAGCGCAGAAAUGGUUCCUUCCUCCCCAACAAAACAUACUCUAUGCUACGUACUGUAUACUACACUGUGGAUAACAAGAGUUUUAGUGAGGGAAUCAUAUACUGUAGAUUAUAAGAAUGCUUGUAGUCGUUACAAUGACCUGACUUUAUGUGAAGUAUGUAUUUUUUUCUAACAGAAUCCUAACAAAGAACACUUUCGAACAUUAGUUCACACAAGUAAAAAGUGUACAUAUAGAUAUAUAUUUGUUAUAAGACAACUAUUUAAGCUACAUAGCUACAUGCAGUGGUAUAGAGAGGGAGACUUUCACUUUCUGUUGGUAGAUUCCAAUACACAUUCUUACAUAUCUCUAUAUCCAAGCUGCAGUUUUAAGCCAAACACUUCCUGUUAAACGACACGUCUGUCCCUAUGUCUUUGUGGUAUGUCAUUUUGCGGUUUCUCAGUCAUCCUUGUUUUUUUUUUUUUUUUUUAGUUUUGCUUGUUAUGUACUUGUUUUAAACAAUAAAUAAUCAUACGCAUUUGACCAUUUGAUUCAGAGCACAUGGUGCGCCACUGUCUAUAGUAAACUAAAUUUAGUUCAAUACACUGCUGCACUUUAGAUCGCUGUGUUUUUUUGUUUUGUUUUUUUGUUUGUUUGUUUGUUUGUUUUUGUUUUUUUUGUUUAAUACACUGUCCAACAGUGCACACUCAUUGAACUGAGUUUAAUUUAUGAUGAUGCACCUUUUUGUUUAAUUUUUCCAGAAUGAUCACUGUAUCUUCUGUUCAUUGCAUGGUUGUUAUGUUUAUAAUGAGACCACUAAUAUGUCUGUUGUUUUCAUGUCCUACCCUGGAGUAAAGCACCAGGAUUUUAAGAGAUUUCAUGGAGGCCAGUGAGGAGGUGAUAUCCGCCAGCUCCGUGUCUUACCUCUGCAUUUCCAAAUUGGGAAUGACUGAUGUGUCUGUCGGAAAAAAUUCACGUGGACACAUUGUGUAUGGAAUGUCAUGGAUGUCUUUUUUGGGAGCAUUUAAUAAGGGGGACAAAAUCGAAAUACUCUAUCUCAGUCAGAUCCAGGCUUAUCUGGAUGGCAAUACUGAACUGUCUCUUUGAGAGUUGGAAUUUACCUGCCAUUGAUAAUUCUAAUUUUAUGAAUAAAAAAAAACCCUACCAAGUCA